AGAAUUACGCUCCACCUCAGCAAAAACGGGUGUAUGAGUUUCCUGAGUGGAAGAAGUAGUCAGUGUGCGCCGAACCGUGCUGCGGGUAAGACGUUGUGUCGUCGAGUGAAAAGAGUUUCCAAGAUGGCUACUUGUGGGUAUGAUGAAGCUAAAAACAGUGCGGACAUAGCGCAGCUACUUUGGAGUGUAGAUCCAUCACAGACGGUGUCCUCAUAUGAUAAUUUAAUAUCAUCUCUGGGAUUACACCAGCAACAAAACCACCACCACCACCAUCAGCCGAGUGUGCAUGUGCAUAAAGAGGAAGAGAAGGAAACCGAACCGAUUACGGUGAAGCGUGGGCGCCCCCGAACAAACCCCCAAGUAAAGAAGCAAAAGAAACAAACUGCUCCCCGUGUGAAGAAGCCCCGAGUGUGUAAAGAUGGAGUUGUUUCAAAGUGUCCGGAUGUUACCAAAAGUGAAAAAAAACGAGUAGCGAAGUUAUUUCAUAGCAUGGCAGAUAUAUGUGCAAAAAUGGGAGAAAUUUGUAAAGAGAUGAUAAAUUGAAAAGAAAAAUAA